GUACACUGCGCGCGCAGGAGACAGGAAGCAAAACAUUAUGGAGCAUAUGAGUGAGGGAAAAGUUAUUUUUGUUCCACCGUUUUUCAUUCUUUCAUUUAACUGGACUAAUUAAUUGGUGAAUGUCUGAAGGAGGCUAAUAUUUGAUACACUUUGCUACACAAGCACCUCAUCUGCAUUGACUGUGCGACAACAUUUUGUGAUUUUACAGAGUGGCUAUGAUGCCCACCCGGACAGUAUCUGGUGGAGGAGGGAUACCAAACAACAAAGUGAAGUAUUCACGGCUGGCAGACAGUGAUGAAGGCUACAUUGAUCUCCAGUUCAAGAAGGGACCACCUAAGGUUCCGUACAAAGCCAUCGCCUUGGCAACCUUCCUGUUCCUCAUUGGCUCCUUGCUGAUCGUCAUCGGUGGCCUCCUGCUGUCUGGCUACAUCCAAGUGUCGGAUCCCAACAGAACAAUCCCUGUGCUGAUCAUCGGAGUGCUCGUCUUCCUCCCUGGCUUCUACCACCUGCGGAUCGCCUACUAUGCCUCCAAAGGCUACCGGGGCUACUCGUUCGACGACAUCCCCGAUUUCGAUGACUGAGCUUGCUUGGGUGGGUGGGUUGCUCUGAGCUCCUACCUCUCCUUGAAAACAGAAGAUGGUGGUCGGGGAAUUAGGGGUGUGGAGGUAGAGCUCCCCCCAGCCUCCCUACACCGUCAGCCACCACCCACCCCACCCACCCCCUUAGAAACCCCAGGAGCUCGCAUGGGACACCCCUAUCUGUAUGUUUACCGCAGGUUUCUUCCUUACAGGAGGAAGCAACAAUAGCACCAAGUGGCUUAAUAGCACUGCACACGUGUAUGCUGUAUAUUUUUGGACUUUACGGACUCUUGUGAUUGUAUUAUGUGCCGGAAUUAGAGUAUCUAUGAGCAGCUGAGUAUUUGAGACAUGCAACGCCUGUUUAUUAUUAUUAUUAUUAUUAUUAUUAUUAUGUUUAUAUUUUUUUGCUUUUACUCCAAAGAUUUUCUGUUGUAGAGAAAAGGGCUCUUCGUAUUAUCAAGGACCACUUGAUGUUGUAGCAUGUCUUUUUUU